CGGCGAUCAAAAAUCGUCCCACGUUCUACUAAUCUUAUCCUCCACUCCCCAGUGUUACUUCAUUUUACCUAAGGGCUUUUCUUCCUUUUUAGAGGUCCUGUUGCCCGCCUUUUGUUUUACCUUCUCAAAUACCCAAUUUCUUGUUUUCCCGCUUUACUUUAUUACCCGACAUGUUUCGCUCUCGUGUAACAUCGGCCGCUUGCGCUGCUGCACACAAGGUUCCGGCAACACGGACUCUCGCAACUGUAUCGCCAGUAAACUCUGCUUCCCGCAAUCACAAGGUUGUGGUGAUUGGUGGUGGUUCGGCCGGUCUGUCAAUCAGCCAUCAACUUCUUCAGUCUGGCAAAUUCACUCAAGACGAUAUUGCUGUGGUCGACCCGGCGUCGUGGCAUCAUUACCAGCCCGGAUGGACACUCGUCGGCGGCGGUCUUAAGACUAAGGAGGAGCUGCGCAGGCCGAUGAACAGCUUGAUUGAUCCUAAACUCAAAUUCUAUAACGACAACGUUGCCACAUUUUCUCCUGAAGAUAACCUGGUCACUCUCGGCAAUGGUGACAAGGUCAACUACGAGCACCUGGUCGUUGUGCCUGGCAUUAACAUUAACUAUGGGAGCAUUGAAGGCCUUCGUGAGGCUCUUGAAUCCCCGGACUCUCUUGUCUCUACUAUUUACGGUUAUGACACCUGCGACAAGGUCUUCCGCACUGUUCAAAGGCUCCAAAAAGGUGUUGCCCUCUUCACACAGCCUGCUGGCAUAAUCAAGUGUGCGGGUGCGCCCCAGAAAGUUAUGUGGCUCGCAUUGGACCACUGGAAGAGAGCCGGCUUGUAUAACCCUGGCAGUCCUUCCAGUUCUGCCAUUAACAUCAGCUUUGCCACUGCUCUCCCCGCUAUGUUUGGUGUACCCAAGUACAGCGCCACUCUCGAGGCCCUGCGGAAAGAACGGGGCGUUGAAGGACUCUUCCAGCAUGACCUUGUCGCCGUCGAAGGUAACACGGCCACUUUUGCUCGUCCCGAUGGACAGGAGAAAGUGAAGAAACAGUUCGACCUGCUACACGUCGUGCCUAAGAUGGGGCCGCAUGCGUUUGUGAAGAACAGCUCUCUGGCGAAUGAGGCUGGUUUCGUCGAUGUUGAUGAGGGCACCUUGCGCCACAAGAAACACGCCAAUGUCUGGUCUGCAGGCGAUGCCUCCAGUCUCCCGACGGCCAAGACGGCGGCCGCAAUCACUUCGCAGUCCCCAAUCCUCGUUCGUGGUCUACUCUCAUCGAUAGAGGGCAAGGAGCCUGAGGGAGGCUACGACGGUUACACCUCGUGCCCCCUCCUGACCGAGUACGGCAAGGUCCUUCUGGCAGAGUUCAAGUACGGCGGACAACCCAAGGAGACCUUCGGUAACUGGUUCGGUAUUGACCAGGCCACUCCCCGUCGUGCAUUCUACCAUCUGAAGAAAGACUUCUUCCCUUGGGUGUACUACCAGGCCAUGGUGAAGGGGAAAUGGGCCGGUCCCAAGGGCUGGCGUAAUAACUAAGAACCGAGCCGGGAGCUCGUUUGUAAUCUACAAAAAUCAAAUAAUGGAAUCUUAAAAAGAGCUAGCAAUGUGAUAUCCAGAAAUUUUUCUAUGUGCUAAUUAUA